CAGUUCCGAACUCCUUUGCCUGGUCUAUGAAUCUGCGGCUCGACGAUCACGUGAUUCUAGUGUUUUUGGUUUGUUUUGUUAUUAUAGUCGGUUUUUUUUUCUUUCUUUUUUCUUAGUUUCUUAUCAUUAUUCAUUUUUUCCGUCGAUUUUGCUUCACCGUGAAGACAGUAAUGUUCAGUGAUUGAUGAAAAAGCAGCGAAAAACAAACGGUCUUGAUUGAUUUGAAAACCAGUGCGGCAAAUGUCUCAAAUUUUUUAUACAUACAAGUGAUUGAACAGUGCUACGGAGUCACACGUGCAAAGAAGACUAGUAAUUUUAUUGGAGAAAUUUUACAAACAGAAAGAAGCUUGAUCACCGAAUCCGAGCGAGAGGUUUUUCAGGAUCUGAAAUGAACAGACAGAAGAAAACGGGCUUCAGGCAAAGGGUAAAAAACUGAGAGUGCCGUGAUAUGAUGAAUUGCGUACCGAUCGGCUGCAGGGGACUCGAAGAGGUUCGACAGCGUCCACCGGACUUGAAAAGUUGACGGUUCGUUGUAGCGGGAUAAAAAAAAAAAAAAUUGCUCAACCAAAAACAAGUCCUCGGUAAUAAAAUAGUUUUCGAAAACACCGAGAGAUGGUGCUGAACGCGAUUAUGGUCACGUCGGCGUUGAAGGGUGCGGUCGGAACAAGUUUCUGGCUGCUCCCGCUUCUGCUGGCAGGACUGACUUACUUCCAGUACGACCUGGUGGACCCUGAGAGCCGGCCGAUCGACCGAUACCCGGUAGAAUCUGAGUACGACUUCGUCGUCGUCGGCGGCGGUUCAGCCGGCGCUGUAGUGGCGAGCCGAUUGUCCGAAGUGCCGGAAUGGAAGGUGCUGCUUCUGGAAGCGGGGCCGGACGAGAACGAGAUAACGGACGUUCCAUCCUUAUCGGCGUACCUGCAGCUGACGAAGCUGGACUGGCAGUACAAGACGGAGCCGACGGGGAUGGCGUGCCUGGCGAUGAAGGGAGCGCGGUGCAACUGGCCGAGGGGUAAAGUGCUGGGAGGGUCGAGCGUCCUCAACUAUAUGCUCUACGUGCGGGGAAAUCGGAAGGAUUACGAGCACUGGGAGGCGCUGGGCAAUCCGGGAUGGGGCUACGAGCAGGCUCUGCACUACUUCAAGAAGUCCGAGGACAACAGAAAUCCCUACCUGGCGAAGAGCCCCUACCAUGGAACGGGGGGAUUGUUGACCGUUCAAGAAGCUCCGUGGCGCACGCCACUUGUCGUCGCCUUUGUUCAGGCCGGGGUCGAGAUUGGCUACCAGAACCGCGACAUUAACGGCGAACUUCAGACUGGCUUCAUGAUUGCUCAGGGCACCAUAAGACGCGGGUCCAGGUGCUCGACUGCAAAGGCUUUCCUCAGGCCAAUCAGGCUCCGACGGAACAUUCAUACCGCGAUGAACUCACACGUGACAAAAAUCCUGAUAGACCCUUUAACCCUGAGAGCCCUAGGAGUGGAAUUCGUGAGGGACGGUAAACGCCACAUCGUCAAGGCCAGGAAAGAAGUAAUCCUAUCAGCCGGAGCCAUAAACUCUCCGCAGAUUUUAAUGCUCUCCGGAAUCGGGCCCAAGGAACACCUUCGGCACAUCGGAGUCCCGGUGCUGAUGGACCUGAAGGUGGGCGACAACCUCCAGGACCACGUUGCGAUGGGAGGUCUGACCUUCCUGGUCGACAAGCCGGUGGCGAUAGUCCAGGAUCGGUUCUCCCCGAUUGGACUAACGAUGCGGUACCUCGUGGAGGGCGCCGGGCCGAUGACGACCUUGGGCGGAGUGGAAGGCCUGGCCUUCGUAAACACGAAGUUUGCGAACGAGUCCGGGACCUGGCCAGACAUCCAAUUUCACAUGGCGCCAGCCUCGAUAAACUCGGACGCCGGAGCGCAGGUGAGGCGAAUCUUCGGGCUGACCGAUACAGUCUACGACACGGUGUACAGGCCGAUAGCUAACAAGGAUGCCUGGACAAUAAUGCCGCUGUUGUUGCGACCACGGUCCAGAGGGACGGUGCGACUGCGAAGUUCCAAUCCUUUCCACAAGCCCAUCAUCAACGCGAACUACUUCUCGGACCCAAAAGACGUCGCGGUGCUCGUCGAGGGCGUCAAGAUCGCGAUGAAGGUCAGCGAAGCGGAGGUCUUCCGGCAGUUCGGCUCUCGAGUUUAUCGUCGAAAGCUCCCCGGCUGUCAGCAUCUAAGAUUCGGGUCUGAUGCUUACUGGGAGUGCCAGAUCAGACACAUCUCCAUGACCAUUUAUCACCCCGUUGGAACAGCUAAGAUGGGACCGAGGAGCGAUCGCAAUUCGGUCGUUGAUCCUGCGCUUAGGGUUCAUGGUGUCAAAGGACUUCGCGUCAUCGAUGCUUCGAUUAUGCCGACGAUUACUAGCGGCAAUACCAAUGCUCCGGUUAUCAUGAUCGCUGAGAAGGGGGCUGAUCUCAUUAAAAGCGACUGGCUCACCGGCAAUGGUGAGAAAAUAUCACCACUCGUCGCGAUUUAAGGAAUAGAUUUUCUGAUUGGGCUCGAUGAAAUUUGACCGUGGUGGGUCACACCUCAGUAGAAUCGCGUAACUGUCACACGGGGUCAAAUUCACCCUUGGUUCAAAAAAGUGAUAUCCUGCUUUAACGAUCAGUUCUCAAAAUCUAAAAAAAAAAAAAAAUCUAAUUAUUAUUUCAAGAUCGCA